AUGAGCGAGUUCCAGAAAUCCUUCGCCAAGUCCAAACUGGCCAAGCUGCCUGCAGAGGCCCCAAUGUUCGACUCAAUAACUAAUCCCGAAGGGAUUCCAGAGGAGGAUGCCUCUUCCGCAUCCUCCGUUUCUUCGACGGGCACCCUCAUGCCAUCGCCCACGCGACAUCUCUUUGCCCGAACCAGCUCAAGGUUUCACUCCCAAUCAUCCAAUUGGUCAGACUUCUUCGCCCAGGAGCUGUUCUUUCCCGAGCAGCUCGACCAAAUUCACAUCACCCAUCAUGCCUACCUAACACCUCCAACGGGAUCAGGACCUCUCUUUGUUCUGCACCAUGGCGCAGGCUCAUCCGGAUUGACAUUCGCCUCCUGCAUCAGCGAGAUUCAGAAAAUCCUCCCCAAGGCAGGAUUUCUCUCCCUCGAUGCGCGAGGUCACGGACAAACAACGAUGACAUCACAUUCAAAGCCCCUCGAGGCCAAAAAUCCGUCUCUCGCAGCGGCAGCUCACGCCGAAUCGGAAAGUGAGGUUGAGCUCGACCUAAGUCUUGAAACUUUAAGCCGAGACCUUCUAUAUGUCAUUCGCCAGACCCAAGCGAAGAUGGGCUGGGAGAAUCUGCCCGAUAUCGUUCUAGUGGGUCAUAGUCUUGGGGGCGCGGUUAUCACCGAUCUAGCAAAGCAAGGCGAUUUAGGCAGCAAGGUGCUAGCCUAUGCUGUCCUGGAUGUUGUCGAGGGUUCCGCCCUGGAUGCCCUCCAAAGUAUGGAAAUGUACCUCUCUACGCGCCCAACCCGAUUCCUUUCAUUAGCAUCGGGAAUCGAAUGGCACACCCGUUCUCGUAUGAUUCGCAAUUCAGCCUCAGCGCGGGCAUCAGUUCCGUCCUUGAUAUAUGAAGAAAGCGAACCUACCGACCCCACCCGCCCAUGGGUGUGGCGCACCAACCUCUCCGCAACAAAACCCUUUUGGGAGAAUUGGUUCAUCGGUCUCAGCGGAAAGUUCCUCGAUUCACGAGGUGGCAAGCUGUUACUACUAGCUGGAACUGAUCGAUUGGAUAAAGAACUGAUGAUAGGACAGAUGCAAGGUAAAUAUCAACUUCAGGUUUUCCCUGAAGCGGGCCAUUUCCUCCAUGAAGACCAACCGGCCAAAACGGCCCAGGUGUUGGUGGACUUUUAUAAGCGGAAUGAUCGUAGUGCGCUGGUGCUUCCUCCGAAGGUGGCAGAUAUGCAGGCAGCCGCUGCUAUGAAGAAGAGCGACGGUACGCCGGAAAAGCAC